GUCAGUGUCAAAAUCUCGCUAAGUUUGGAGGACGUAGCGGCCGUCAGAGAGUUUUAUAAAUAAUGUGUGCGGUUAUUUUAGUUUCAUUUUAAUAAAUAAGCCUUUUGAAACGAUAUAAUAACACAAACAUUAUAUGAAUUUAUGUGAAUAUUCUAGUUGCGCUGUACUGUGUAACAAGACAUAUUUGGCGGGUUGAUUUUCCUCGGAAUUCGGUCAGAGAAAGUGGGCACGUAGAAAUUAUUUACUUAAAAGAUGAAUAACAUAAAAUUCCUACGUUUAUUGAGUAGAACAAGGUCGGUAUGGGCUGGCUACGACAAACAUCCGUGUUUCUUGCAACUGUCGGCAACGAGAACCAUGCAAACAAGUGUGUCCAUAUCUCAAAUUAUGAAGGAGAAGGAGGUGUUCCAUGAUGUUCUGCCUGGCAUCAUACAGAACCUGCAAGCCAGCUCCAAAAUUUCUCAACAGCCUGAAGUUGCGGCUUGGGUUAAACAGGUACUAGAACACAAUUUAUCUGGCGGCAAGCAUUCAAGAGGAUUGAUAACUAUGUUAUCAUACGAAAUGCUGGAGAAACCAGAAAACAUCACCGAUGAAAAACUCAAGCUGUCCAGAGUGCUCGGAUGGUGUGUCGAAAUGCUUCAAGCGUACUUCAUAGUAGCAGACGAUAUAAUGGACGGGUCGACGACACGGCGCGGCAUGCCAUGUUGGUACCGGAUGCCGAACGUCGGGCUCGGCGCCAUCAACGACUCCAUACUGAUUUACUGCUCAAUUAUGGAAACAUUGGACACCUACCUUGGAAAGACUCCCCAUUUCGUCAACGUUGUUAAACUUUUCAAUGAGGCGUUAACAUACACCUCAAUAGGCCAGCAUCUGGAUUACACGACAGCGAACCACAAAAAAGACUACAGUCUUUUCACAGUAGACCGGUACGCGUCUAUCGUGAAAUACAAGACUAGCUGCUACACAUUCCGGCUGCCGAUACUGUUGGGGCUGUCUCUAGUCCAAAAUGUAGAUCAAGCUAUUUAUCCGGAUGUCAACGACAUUUGUAUGAAGCUUGGUCAUCUGUUUCAAAUGCAGGACGACUAUAUCGACUGUUAUGGUGACGAAUCAAUAACAGGCAAGGCGGGGACAGACAUACAAGAAGGUAAGUGCUCAUGGUUGGCCGUUACAGCAUUAAAGCACUGUAACGAAGCACAGAGGGCGCUGUUCGCUCAGUACUACGGCAGGAAGGAACCCGAACAUGUAGCCAUCAUCAAGCGGCUAUACGAUGAACUUCGUCUCCCAGAAAUAUACCGCGAAGAAGAAACAUUAGUACAUGAUAAUAUAAUGAGCAAAGUACGCUCGUUGCCUUCAGAAACAGCCCCUGUAUUCUUCUAUAAACUUAUAGAUAGGAUCUAUAAAAGAAAACAUUAAUAAGGUUUUUAAAUGGCAGUAUAAUUACUGUUACUAGUCUCUGCCUAUAAAAAAGUUAUCUUUGACAGCUGUCAUGUUAAGCUGUCACGUGGUAUAAAGUUAUAGUGUCGUCACUCUCAAUGUUAUUCAGGUUAUGACUGAAUUUAAUAUUUUUAAAUAAACUGUUAAGACAAACUUGAUCUUUGAUCUUUUUAAUAUUAAAUAAAAUUAUUUAUCUUCACGGAGAUAAGAAGAAAUGCUCUGAGCUCUGCGUACCAAAUAGCGCCAUUUCUUUUCUGCUUCUCUGCUGUGUUUUACCAUGUUUAUGCUCAAUUUGUUUUAAAUCAUAAUAAAGUAUAUCAUAAUAUUACCGAUCAAGUUUGCUUUGCACCAAAAACAUUAAUAACUUGUUUUAUCUAUAAGUUUGUAUUUAUGUGUAGAAGUUCCGUAUUCCUAAUUAUAAUUGUUUCGGGUAACAUCAUGACAAUAAUGUUAUAAACCUAUUUUAUUUGUGUUUAAAUAAUUUAGUAUUUUAAAUUGCAUCGUUGAUUUAUAAAUAGACAAUGCCUAUUACUGGGCCAACCAGCCACAACUACUUUAGUAAAUGGACGAAAGAUGAUCAAUUGAUAUAUGUAGUCACAGCUCUUUAGAGACACCCUGAACCCUGCAUCGCCUUGUCGUACGAUGUCCACUUGUUGGCGACAGGUAGUCC